CUCGGUGCAGUGAGUCUCUGCGCGGGGACGGAGCAUCUCAGACGGGAUGGAUCCUGUCGGUAAACGGCGGCCUCUGCGCUGAUCUCCGGCCGGCCGGUGUUUGUGUCCGGUCCGCCGGUGAAGAUGUCGGUGUCCGGGAUGAAGAAGCAGCUCCACAAAGCCAGCCAGCUGCUGAACGAGCGUCUGAUGGGAGCUGAGGGAACAAAGAUGGAUGAAGACUUCCUGAAGAUGGAGAAGAGUGUUGAAGUCAUCCAGUGUCUGCUGGUGGAGCUGCUGUCCAAAACUAUAGAGUUCCUUCAACCAAACCCAGCUGACAGAGCCAAACUGAGCAUGCUCAACACCAUGUCCAGGAUUCGAGGUCAGGGCAGGACAGUGGGUUACCCGCAGACAGAGGGUGUGUUGGGAGACUGCAUGUCACACUACGGCCAGGAGCUCGGACCUGCUUCUGAAUUUGGCGGUGCUCUGACUGGGGUGGGUGAAGCUCUGCAGCAGGUUGCUCAGGCCAGGGACACUCUGGAUGUCAACGUCAAACGCACCUUCAUCGAUCCUCUGCAGGAGCUCCACAACUCAGAGCUGAAGGAGAUCAAGUUCCAGCUGAAGAAGCUGAAUGGUCGACGGCUGGAUUUUGACUACAAGAGGAGACGAAGAGGGAAAGUCCCGACGGAGGAGAUCCAACAGGCCUGGGACAAGUUCAUCACGUCCAAAGAGCUGGCAGAGAGGAGCAUGUUCAUGCUGCUGCAGAGCGACGUCGAUCAGCUCGGUCGUCUGGCAGCUCUGGUCACUGCUCUGCUGGACUUUCACCGCAACGCCCACCGCAUCCUGCUGGGUCUCCAUGGCAACCUGCAGGCUAGGCUGACAGCUGCCAGUAACAAACCAGAGCGACGGUUCAGAGCCAAAAAGUUCAGAGUCAGAAGUGAGCACAACGGCAGCAUCAUGGGAUUUUAUCAGCAGCCGUCUGUCACAGCCACAGUCCCCUCAGGAGAUCAGUUCACAGUGUUACCGUCCAGACCCGGCAGUCCCAUCUCCUGCUACGCUGACAGUAAGCUGGUCCUGGAUCAGCCCUGCUGCCGGGCGAUGUACUCCUUCCACCCGAGCCACGAGGGUGAGCUGAGCUUCAACGAGGGCGACAUCAUCGUCCUCACCAAUCAGGUCGACUCCAACUGGUACAAGGGUGCGCUAGGCAGCCGGUCGGGACUAUUCCCCGUCAGCUACGUGAACGUGCUGGUGCCUCUGCCGUUACCAUGACAACAUAUCAAAAACACAUCCACGUGACUCCACACUGAACAAAUCAGAUCGUACAUGUUGAUUUGAUUUGUGUUCGGCAGCAGGAGCGUGUUUUUUAGAUGAUAUGCAACUUUUCAGCUUCUUAUUUGCACUUUUUUCACAAGCGGCUCAGCAGACGACUCGUCUGUGUAACUGGGAAGGAAGGCCAUAGUUUCUACUGUAGAGCACUUUAGUUUCUGACCUCAUGUCACGCUUUAAAGGUCCAGUGUGUAGGAUUUAGGGGGAUAUGUUGGCAGGAUGGAAUAUAGUAUAAUAA